UUUCCUGUCCGUCUUGACUCUUGUCUGUCUUUGGAUGUCUUGGAUGCAGACAGGAGUAGCUUACUUAAUUCUAACUCUGCGAAUUGUCAAGUUAAUCUCACUUGAAGGCACGCUUACACUCUCUCCUCUCCUACUAACUCCCACUCUCUCUCUCUCUCUACAUCUUAUGUAAUAAGUACACAUCUUUUGGGAAAAGGAGCAAAUCUUUGAUCUCUUCCUCCCUGCUGAUUUGAGCUUCUCUGUUUCACUCAUCUCUACUGCAAUGGCCGUAUAUUUAAGCCAGGAGGACCAAGAUCAGCCCGCUAGUAUUCCUCUUUAUGAAACUAAACUUUCUUUCUUAAAGGUUUUGGAGGUUCAGCAGCCAUUGAAACAUUCUCUGUCUUUGGAUGCUGUUUUAAUCAGUCAAAAACAAGUAAACCGUUAUAUGGAGGAUGCAGAUGUUUUCUAUCCGUUAAAUGCAGAUGUAGAUCUUGAGAAGGGAAGGUCAGAGAAACCUAAAAUCAAUGUUGAACCUGCUACAUUUGUGAAGAAUGAAAAUCCUGUCACAAAGACAAUGCAAAGACAGCUAAGCUUAUCAACCGGAGAGAAAGUUAUGCAGAUGUUAAUGGACAACAAUCAUUUGUCACCCAAGUUCAGUUUUAGAGAGAAAAUUGUUCCUGAAAGCAUUGCUGACAUGGCUAGUGACAGGCUGAGAAAAUACAAGCGAUCUGCCUCGUUCAAUUCAAGAAAAGUAGUUCUCCUCUUCUCAGUGAUGUCAUGUUUGGGAACUAUAAUUCUAAUAAUGUUGACCUUCAGGGUUAGGCAGAUGGCAGAUGGAUCUUAUCAUGGGUGAAUAGACUUCAGUUCUGAUAGUAAUGUAGUUUUCUUUUAAAAAAUUUGUGUAAUCAUGGUCAAUCUUUAGCAUGUCUCUUUGGGAAUGGUAGUGGUUUCUAUAUAUCAAGUUGAAAUUACUUUUUUUGA